AUGGCAGACAUGCUGGUGGACGGAGUUGCCCACAAUCAGAUGCUAUCAUUCAUCGAUGGCAAUGCAGGGUACAAUCAAAUAAUGGUGGCAAAAGAAGACAUCCACAAGACAGCCUUCAUGUGUCCAGGGCAUAUAGGUGCUUUGGAAUACACUAUGCUACCUUUCACCACCUACAUCAUUGCCAAGACAGAUCCGAUCAAGUACAUGCUAAUAAGGCCAAUGUUGAGAGGAAGAAUUGGUAAAUGGACUCUGGCCCUGUCAGAAUUUGCCUUCAGAUAUGUUCCUCAGAAGUCCAUCAAGGGACAAGCUGUUGUAGAUUUCUUAGCAGAUCAUCUAGGAGAAGAAAUUAAGAAUAUGGAUUCCAUGGACAUAGCCAAUGCAAAUCUGUUAACCAGAGCUCACACCUGUCUCAAUAAUCCCAUUUACUCAAUCCAUCUCACCCCCUGGAAGCUAUAUUUUGAUGGAUCUAAAACAGACUUGGCCUCGGGGGCAGGGAUUGUUUUAGAAGACCCACUAGGAAUCAAACAUUGUUAUUCAUUUCAGCUAGAUUUCCAGUGCACCAACAACAAAGCAGAAUACGAAGCUUUAAUCAUAGGACUAGAAAUGUUGGUAGAACUAGGAAUCCAAUCUGUCGAAAUUCUGGGAGAUUCCAUGCUUGUACUAAAACAGGUUGCUAGAGAAUACAAAUGUUUGAGCCCCUCUUAG